CAUUUUAAAUUUUCUUCAGUAACUACUGUGUGUCACUAAACGAUAUCACAAUAGAAAUUAUAUAUGUAUAACCUAAUUUAGAAUCGAGAAGUAACAAUAAAUUGUUAUAUUAAAAAAAGAUUUUGUGCAAAAAAAUUUUAUGAUACCUAUGUAACUGUAAUUACAUCAAUAUAAAACUACAUAUAUGUAAAAUUACAUUGUGAAUGUAUAGAUAAAUAUAUGUAGCAAAUCAAUAUGAAAAUAAGUGUUGACGGAUUGAUAGUUUAUUUCCCAUACGAUUACAUCUACCCUGAACAAUAUGCAUACAUGCUUGAACUCAAGCGUGGCUUGGAUGCCAAGGGUCAUUGUCUGUUGGAAAUGCCUUCAGGCACUGGCAAGACAAUUACUUUGCUAUCACUUAUUGUAGCAUACAUGUUGGAACAUCCGUUGGAUGUUACAAAAUUGAUUUACUGUUCUCGAACGGUACCGGAAAUAGAGAAAGUUAUAGAAGAAUUGAAAAAACUUAUAGACUAUUAUGAAAAAGAAACCAAAAGCAAGCCAAAAAUUGUUGGUUUAGUUCUUAGUUCACGUAAAAAUAUGUGUAUUCAUCCUGAGGUUAGUAGAGAGCGGGAAGGUAAAAUUGUGGAUGGGCGAUGUCAUUCUCUUACGGCAUCGUAUGUACGGGAGAGACACAAUUUUGACGAGUCCACUCCUAUUUGCAAUUUUUAUGAAGGGUUUGAUAUGGAAGGCAGAGAACAAAUUGUUCCACCUGGUAUUUACUCCAUUGACGAUUUGAAAGACUACGGAAGAGAUCGUAACUGGUGUCCUUACUUUUUAGCCCGAUUCACAAUCUUGCACGCACAAAUCGUAGUGUACAGUUACCAUUAUUUAUUAGAUCCAAAGAUCGCGGAAACUGUUUCCAAAGAACUAAGCAAGAGUUCGGUAGUCAUUUUUGACGAAGCUCACAACAUUGAUAACGUCUGCAUCGAUUCUAUGAGUGUAAAGAUAAAUAGGAAAACAAUGGAGAAGAGUUCGGCUAAUAUACAACUCUUAGAGAAAACUGUGGCUGAGAUGAGAGAUGACGAUGUGAACAAGUUGAAGGAAGAAUACGACAGACUCGUCGAGGGACUGAGAGACGCCCAACUCCAGAGAGAAACGGAUGUUAUUUUAGCCAAUCCAAUUUUACCGAAUGAAAUACUCGAAGAGGUUGUGCCGGGUAACAUAAGGAACGCUGAGCACUUUGUCAGCUUCUUGAAGCGAUUCGUCGAGUACCUGAAAACUCGCCUACGAGUUCAGCACGUUAUUCAAGAAUCACCCGCGGCGUUUCUAAAGGACAUCCAAGUGAAAGUUGCUAUCGAGAGAAAACCUUUGCGAUUUUGUGCUCAAAGAUUGGCGUCUCUUUUGCGCACAAUGGAGAUAACAGAUCUAACCGAUUUCUCACCGAUUAUCUUGGUUACGCACCUUGCUACGUUGGUUUCUACGUACACGCAGGGUUUCACAAUUAUAAUAGAACCGUUUGACGAUAAAACGCCGACAGUUUUGAAUCCGAUAUUGCAGUUUAGCUGCUUAGAUUCUUCCAUCGCUAUCAAGCCUAUAUUCGAUCGAUUUCAAUCUGUAAUAAUCACCUCUGGAACACUGUCACCGUUGGAUAUGUAUCCCAAAAUCUUAAACUUUCAUCCAGUUAUAAUGUCGUCGUUCACUAUGACAUUGGCGAGACCGUGUCUUUUGCCUAUGAUUGUUGCGAAAGGCAAUGAUCAAGUGGCAAUUUCGUCGAAAUACGAGACACGAGAAGAUGUGGCUGUAAUAAGAAAUUACGGUCAACUAUUAGUCGAAUUCGCUGCGACUGUACCCGACGGCUUGGUCUGCUUUUUCACAUCGUACUUGUAUAUGGAAUCUGUAGUGGCUGCUUGGUACGAUCAAGGAGUUGUUGAUCAACUUCAGAGACAUAAAUUACUUUUUAUCGAGACUCAAGAUUCGGCGGAAACCAGUUUUGCUUUAAUCAAUUACAUAAAGGCCUGCGAAAACGGCAGAGGAGCCGUUCUUUUGUCGGUGGCUCGCGGAAAAGUGUCGGAAGGUGUCGAUUUCGAUCAUCAUUUGGGUAGAGCUGUAUUGAUGUUCGGCAUACCAUACGUGUAUACGCAAUCGAGAAUCUUGAAAGCGCGUUUGGAAUAUCUUAGAGAUCAGUUUCAAAUUCGAGAAAAUGAUUUCUUAACUUUCGAUGCCAUGAGGCACGCCGCUCAAUGUGUAGGACGUGCAAUCAGAGGCAAGACAGAUUACGGUAUUAUGGUGUUUGCGGACAAGAGAUUUUCGAGAAUAGAUAAACGAAGUAAAUUACCGAAAUGGAUACAAGAACAUUUGACCGAUAGUUUAUGCAACUUAUCCACCGAAGAAGCUAUACAGAUCAGUAAAAGAUGGUUACGGCAAAUGGCACAGCCAUUUACACGUGAGGAUCAACUCGGAUUGUCAUUGCUGACAAGAGAACAACUUGAGAAAGAAGAAGCUACCAAGAUUGAAGAGAAAGCGCAGCAAACCUGAUAAAAGCGCAACAUCGAGAGAUUGGACUAGAUAAUCUGACUCCUUGUUGUGCAAAUACCUAUUUAUGAAUUUGUGCUUUCGACUGCAAUUGUGUAUAUCGUAAAGAUAUAGAAUACAAUUUAUAUACUUUUCUAA